AUGGUGGAACUACACUCAAUAGCUGAUCGGGAACUUACCAGACUGGAAAGGAGCACUCGUCUGAUGCGUACUGUGUACCCUCGCUGGAUCCUCCUCAAGGCAAACAGUAACAGCUUAUCUGGUCGACUGGUUGCUGCAAACAACAUGUAUAAUCAAGCGGUAGACGAAUCACGACGCAUAUUCAACCACUUGGAGGAGUCCCUGGCGCUCGCUGCACGCUCCAAAUCUAAAUUGUGGAUACAAAACGCCCGCAAUGGUCGGUUCCCGAUUUGGCAGAUUGGGGCCGAACAGGCCAGAAGCUCCUGGCACCAGUUACUGUACAAAGUCACCAUAAACAGGAUACAAUAA